CAUCUUAACCUUUUUCUCUUUCUUUAAUUUCAUCGAAGACGGGAUUGGUUUGGGAGAUGGAGAAAGUCGCAGAGAAGAGUUGUGGGCAUAGAAAGAUGAGGCGAGGAAAGUCUUCGGCGGAGAUUCCCUUUGAUUUUAGGAAGUGAUCAUAGCGGAGAGGAUGACGGGAAGGUUGUCCACCGGUGGAGCAAGUCUGGGAUUGUGAAGGAUUAUUCCGAGAUACGAGAGGCAUCUUAGAUUUUCACGGUGAGAGGUCUGAAACUGAAGAUAGAGAGGUCUAGAGUUUGGAGGAGGAAAGGAAAACGACGAAGAUGAAGAUAGAGGUUAAAGAUGAAGUGAAGCAUAUAGGUAGCCAUUGAUAUCGUCGUCGCUUCUUAAUUUCACCAUCGACGAACAAUCCCAGAAGAUGAAUCAUCUUCUUCUGAAACUCCACAUCCGAGAGCAUCACAUGUUAGACGAGUCGACUAGACUGAUGAUCGAGACUGGAAACGUUUGAGCCGGCGAGAUCUGAUCUGGCAGCGGCUGUGCAUACGGCUCAGCUUGAUUCUCGGACAUUUGGUUAUUAACUAUGACCAGAAAGUCAUAGGUGGUUUCUACGAUGUGUAUGGGAUUACAUCUAAUUCUCUUUAACAAGGGAAGAUGCCAGUUCAAGGUUAUAACAAACGAAUUAAAACAUCAUCACUAAGCUUGAAGAGGCGUUAUUGCUUGAGCCAAAGAAACAUGUUGGGAUUAUGGAUUGGUUUCAUGGUCUCAGAAAAUCACGUGAUAAGGGAAUCUCUUCAUGGGGUUGGAAUCUGAAUGGCUAGCAUUCUACUCAUCAUGCGCUAUUUCCUUGGGCCUUGACUGUAUAUGAUGGUGAGCCUGACACAGAGUUAAAGCUUUCAUGUCGACAAAGAUCUCCCUUUCUACAAAACAAUUACCGAGAUAGUAGCUUCAAGCAGCUAUUUUUCGUAUAUACAUUGGUGAACACUGGAAAGGAAAGAGCAAAAGUGAGCCUUAUUUUUUACAUGGGCGGUGAGUUGGCAUCUGAUUCCUUUCUAUUACAUUACUUCCAGAAGAGCAGAUGUUUACCAGCUUUACAUUCUACAUAACUCAAUUGGUGGGACCUCACAUAUGUCAGGGGGUCAUGUAAAUGAGUCAUUCAUUGAAGAUGGGUCUCUGGCGUCCUCUUAAAUCACAAGUUCCACUACUCCACGCAGAGAUUCACAUGCUAGGCUUUGGCACACUGAUACUGAGUGGCACCAGUCAAUCAGUAGCGUCAAUAUUCAAUAUCAUCAUCAUAUUUCAUUUUCAGUAUAUGUGUUUUUAUUAUGUUAAUAAGAGUAAGUAUUCCGUUUUUUCAAAAAGAAAACAAAGUAUUCCCCAAGAUACAAUAUAACAGUAAAAAAAUCAAAAAUAAAACAAACUUUAAUAUCAUGCAUUAAACAAAAAAAAAAGUGAUUACUAAAAAAUCCCUUACACAAGGAAACAACAAAUUAACAAAUAUAUAAAGAUCCUUAUUAAAUAAAAAAAGUAAAACUUUUACUAAAAGUUAUACAUAACUAAAGUAUGUUGAUAUCUACGAAUCACAAUUUUCACAAUAUUAAUAACAUUAAAUUUAAAAUAAAUAACAAUUAUCAAAUAAAAACACAUUUUAAAACUAUUUAAGGUAAAAAUCAGUUAGUGUUAUAAUAUUCCGCGGCGUAGCGCGGAUUUUGUCUAGUAGAAAAAAAAGGAGCAGGAAAAAGGCAUUUUGUUUUGAAAACACUUUAGCAUCCCAGAAGUCAAGAUAGUGAAGUCAAAAGUACGAUCCAACGGCUGAGAACUCAUCAAAAUCUCACACAACUACAACACGAUAUAACCUUUAUUUUAUCGAAAACAAAAUAAAAAUCCGUAAAGCAUCAUAAAAGAAAAAGAAAAUUAAGAGAAAAGAAAAAGAAACAAUUUUUUAAUUUUUUUCUCUCUAUCUUAGAAAAAGAAAGUAAUGGAACCUAACGAAAGGCACCACCACCACCACCACCACCAAGAGCAUCAUCUCACUUCUCCUUACUACCACCCUUUCCACCACCACACUCCCACCACCGUCUCCGCCGCACCCUCCGACAAUGGUAAUUUUCCACCACCACCUAUCGAUGGAUCUUCUUCUUCCUACCAUCACUCCGCGCCGUCUUCAGCUCCGAUUGAGCCAGUCAAGAGAAAGAGAGGUCGUCCCAGGAAGUACGACACGCCUGCUCAAGCCUUAGCUGCUAAGAAGUUAGCUUCUUCCGCUAGCAGUUCCUCCGCCAGAGAAAAGAGAGAGCAAACCGCCGCCGCCGCCGGCGUUUCGCCUCCGUCUAAACCCGGUUCGAAAAAGUCACUUUCGGGCUCUUCCGGGAAAAGUGGACAGAGUUUUACUCCGCACAUUGUUAAUAUAACUCCCGGUGAGGAUGUGGCUCAGAAGAUUAUCCAUUUCGCCGAGCAAAGCAAGCAUGAGUUAUGCAUUCUUUCUGCAUCUGGCACCAUCUCUGAUGCAUCCUUGUCUCACCUCGCUACAGGAACCAGUGCAUCGUAUCAGGGUCAGUACGAAAUCCUCUCACUGAGUGGAUCUUAUAUUCGGGGAGAGCACGGUGGUAAAACUGGUGGCCUUAGCGUUUGUUUAUCUAGUUCAGAUGGUCAGAUCGUUGGUGGUGGAGUUGGAGGACCCCUAAAGGCUGCUGGUCCAGUUCAGGUGAUUCUUGGUACGUUUCAGCUAGAGAGGAAGAAGGAUGGGAGAAACGGUGUGAAAGGAGAUGAUGCUUCUGGAAGUGGAGACUUGUUACCUUCUUCUCCCUCUGGCGCAGAAUCUUUGCAUGGAUACCGUCCUGUUAUGGAACCUUCUGGAAGAAACUCAAACGAUGAGCAUUGUACCAUGACUAGUGGUGGAGCUCAUUUCAUGAUGCAACCACCUCAGGGCAUGCACAUGACACAUGCCCGGCCUUCAGAAUGGGACGGUGCUGGGUAUGAUUUGUCAGUACUGAGAGGAAAAGGGUCAUCAGAAAAUGGAGGAUAUGAGUAAAUGGGCAGAUUAGUACUGAUUCAAGUUUCUGAAGAAAAUGUUUGAGCAUGAAUCAAGGUGAGAGUGGACUUAUCAUCAUAUAAUGUCUGAAGGAUUUUUUCAUUGCAAAGGCAGAGAGAGAGUGACUGAGUGGGAAAGAGCAGAGAAGACAGUGGUGCUUUUGUUCUUGGUUCUGUGUAAUCUUAUAGUAGUUUUUUUUUUCGUAACACAAUCUUAUAGUAUUUCACAUCAUUUUCUGGAUUCAUUUUCAUCUAUUUUUGUUCUUUUUUCUUCCUAAAUUCAGUUUUUUUUUUCUUGUGAAUUUUAGAGAUAGACAUUUUGUUUUGAUAAUUGGCUUUUUUUAAGUUUA